AUGUCCCCAUACCAUGCCAGUUAUUCAAACUUCUCUUCUAACGCCAAAAAGGAGGAAGCACUUCAAUUGGUCGUGGACCACUAUGAGGGCUUGAGUGCUGAUCAGAACAAUUGGGUUUGCAACCUGGCCAACGCGGCUUCUUUGUUGUGGCAUGCUUACGCAUCUUUGGAUGUCACCGUGAACUGGGCUGGUUUCUACGUUACUCAACUAGGGAAGAGUCCUCAAACUCUCUUACUCGGACCUUUUCAAGGUAAAGUUGCAUGUCAGAUGAUUCCCUUCGGCAAGGGAGUUUGUGGUACUGCAGCUUCAACCCAAGAGACUCAGCUUGUACCGGAUGUUACAAAGGCUGCGGAUCACAUAGCCUGUGAUGGAGAUACCAAGAGUGAAAUUGUCAUUCCAAUCAUCGAUCCGCAGACAAAAAAGACGUUGGCAGUUAUCGAUAUUGAUUCAGUAGAUACCAAUGGUUUCGAUGAAGUUGAUAGGUUGUACCUUGAAAAGCUGGCGAAGCUUAUCUCCACUACCUGUAAAUUCUAA